AAUAGGCUAUUUCUGUAAAAAGAGAAAAAGGAGUCUUGAUUAUAGCUGCUAACUAGGUUGUUAGUUGUGAGGGACCUGUGCUUUUUCCACGUGCUUCAUCAAAGCAAUAGCAUAUUAGAAAUAGUGUGGCUCUUUGUGCUUUUAAAUAAGCCAAAGACUGCUUGUCUUGAAUUAGUUUGGGUUUUUUUCUUGAAAAACUCCACACACAUCCAUUUUCACCUGUUUAUAUUGAACAGAUUCCAUUUUCUGAUAGACUAAGCAAGACUACUUGGUUUAGGCAGUUCUGAGAGUCAUCUGUCUUGAUAGUGCUCUUUUUUUCUUGGUGAAAAAUAAGACUUGGAAGUCAUGAUGCGACUCUCUUGUGUGCACUUUCACUUCUGUUAUGUUGCCUCUCAACACUGAAGUGUUCUUUAGAGAAGUAGCUUGUCUUAUGGUCAAACUCAUGUUGGUUUUCCUUGCAACUCCCUAUUAAACCAGUAUUCCAACAACUUCAAAUGAAGAGCACUUUGCAAAAUAAAAACAGUUCUACUUUCAGCAUGUCUUGUGUGAUAGCUGCUUUGCAAAAGCAUAGCAUAAACCUCUCAUAUCAAACAAGUAAUGUUAACUAAGCAUUUACUUCUGGUUUCACUUUUUUUAGAAAGGUGAACUUGAAAAUUAUUUGGAUCCAUAGGAGAAAUAUGGUAGCAUUUUAAGGGAAUCACAAGAACUUAAGGAUUUGUAAAGUCUUUUGGGGGUUUCAGAAAAUUUCCUGAUGAUUUUUACAAGUCGGUGCUGUAGGGACUGUGGAUGAUUUAUGCAGAAAUCAAUCUGCGCUGUGCUACAUACUUAAACAUGGAUGAGGGGUGUGGAAUGACUGCAUGCUAUUGUAUUUAUUUUUGCUGGUUCCAUCUUGGGUCUGUAAAGCUUGCCCAGCAAUUCAUCAGUUGACUGUAACUUCUUUCAAAUACCUUUUUUUGAGGAUAUCCAAAUUAGAACAGAGCACUAUAGUGAGCUAAUAAAGAAAGAAGACCUAGUAUAUCUUACCUCAGAUUCCCCGGACAUUCUCAGUGAGCUUGACGAGAAGAAAGCCUAUGUGAUUGGAGGACUGGUGGAUCACAAUCACCACAAGGGAAUUACUUACAAAAAAGCUGUAGAGCAGGGAAUUGGUCAUGCACAGCUUCCACUUGGAAACUUUGUCAAGAUGAACAGUCGGAAAGUGUUAGCUGUCAAUCAUGGUUAUUAAAUGCAAAGCAGCAGUAAUGUGGGAAGCCAAUAAACCAUUUUCUAUUGAGGAGGUAGAAGUUGCCCCACCAAAAGCACAUGAAGUUCGCAUAAAGAUCGUGGCCACAGGGAUCUGUCGCUCUGAUGACCAUGUGAUAACUGGUGGACUGGUUAUGCCUUUUCCAAUCAUUCUUGGGCAUGAAGCAGCUGGUGUUGUGGAGAGUGUUGGGCAGGGAGUAACUUCGAUCAAACCAGGAGACAAGGUUAUUCCACUCUUUGUUCCACAGUGUGGGGAGUGCAACAGUUGCUUAAACACCAAGGGUAAUCUGUGCAGUAAAAAUGACAUUGAUUCAGGUGCUGGAUUAAUGCCUGAUGGCACCACUAGAUUCACCUGUAAAGGAAAAGCAAUUCAUCAUUUUAUCGGUACCAGUACCUUCACUGAAUACACAGUAGUGCAUGAAUUGGCUGUAGCCAAAAUCGAUUCUGCUGCUCCUCUGGAAAAAGUUUGUCUAAUUGGCUGUGGAUUUUCAACUGGUUAUGGGGCUGCUGUGCAGACUGCCAAGGUGGAACCAGGCUCCACGUGCGCCAUCUUUGGCCUGGGAGGAGUUGGCCUCUCUGUUGUCAUGGGCUGCAAGGCAGCUGGAGCUUCCCGCAUCAUUGCUGUUGAUAUCAAUAGCGACAAGUUUGCCAAGGCCAAGGAGCUGGGAGCCACAGACUGUGUCAACCCUAAAGAUUUCAAGAAGCCUGUUCAUGAAGUAUUGAUUGAAAUGACCGGCCAUGGUGUGGACUACUCCUUUGAGGUCAUCGGCUGUACCGAAACCAUGACUGCAGCCUUGGCCUGUUGCCAAUACAACUACGGAGUCAGUGUGAUUGUGGGGGUGCCCCCUGCAGCACAAAAGAUCACUUUUGACCCCAUGCUCCUCUUCACUGGUCGCACCUGGAAAGGAUCUGUCUUUGGAGGCUGGAAGAGUAAAGAUGCAGUCCCUAAACUGGUUGCCGACUACAUGAAGAAAAAAUUUGUUCUGGAACCAUUAAUAACCCACACACUUCCUUUCACUAAAAUCAAUGAAGGAUUUGAUUUGCUAAGGACCGGGAAGAGUAUUCGCAGUGUCCUGGUGCUCUAGGAUUCCCCAUUGUUGAGCAGCAGAUGGCUCAGCACCAGUAUGAACUUCAUUAUCCUCCAGGACAACUGAUAUGAAAUCCAAACCAAGACAUUUCUGAAGGGUCUCCCACCACCACCCUUGAAUAAAAGGAUCAAGCUCAAACCCCAGACUUCAAGCACAGCGUUUAUAAAUGAAAUAAUCUUUUUCCUUCUACCUCUUUUUCCUGAUUGUUGCUUUAAAUCCUCUGUAUUGUGCUGCAAUUUUCUUUUGAUAGCCAUUUAUGAAUUAGAGGACUUGCUGCUGUCACAGGUGUUAUGAAAAGUUUGGAAUUUUUAAAAUGGCCUUUAAUAUGCAGUCUCUUAAUAAAAGAAAAAUGAAGGAAA